UUUCUUGGUGGCGCAGAAGGACUCCUUGAACGAAAGGACUCAGAGUCCAGAGUUCCCACCGAGGGAUCUAAUCUAGGGGACCGCCAAUGGUGCAGCCACCAUGUCCAACUUCUCUGGCAACUGGAAGAUCAUCCGCUCAGAAAACUUUGAGGAAAUGCUCAAAGCGCUGGGAGUGAACAUGAUGCUAAGGAAGAUUGCAGUAGCCGCAGCAUCCAAGCCCACCGUGGAGAUCAAACAGGAUGGAGACCAUUUCUACAUCAAGACGUCCACCACCGUGCGCACCACCGAGAUUGACUUCAAGAUCGGGGAAGAGUUUGAGGAACAGACCGUGGACGGAAAACCUUGCAAGAGCUUGGUGAGAUGGGAGCGUGAGAACAAAAUGGUGUGCGAGCAGAGGCUCCUGAAGGGAGAGGGCCCCAAAACUUCCUGGACCAGGGAGCUGACCAAUGACGGGGAGCUGAUCCUGGUCAUGACUGCGGAUGAUGUCGUGUGCACCAGGGUCUAUGUCCGGGAGUAA